UGUUGUUUUUUGUGUCGUGUUCCUUCUUUCUAUAUUUUUUAAAAUUCCACCCAGCAACAGCAAUUGGUGUAGACCGGAGACGCCCUGCUUGAGCUUCAGAGAGAGCAUAUGGCGACUGAACUGGAAGAAUUGCUACACUUUCUAUCUUCGCCCUCGCCUCAAGUGAGGAAAGCGGCCAUUGAUAUUGUUCAAGGUUUAACUGGGUCUGAGGAUGGGUUGCAGUCUCUUGCUAAGUACCCGAAGGUCCUGCUACCAUCAUUAGCUCGACUCUUGAGAGAACAAAAGGAUGUGGCAGAACGAGCAGCAGAAGCUCUUGUAAAUCUUUCACAAAAUUCUGAUCUAGCUGCCAAGAUGAUAGACUUGGGACUAGUUGCAGCAGCUAUGGAUCUUUUAUAUAAUGUUGACUCCAGCAUUAGCCAGUUGCUGUUAAUGCUUCUGGUUAAUCUAACUCAGUUGGAUGCUGGUAUUGCUUCGUUACUUCAGACUGGAGAUGACAAGAUGCAAGGUCUCUAUGUUAUGAAGAUUGUUAGAUCAUUUUGUAGAUCGUCAAGUGAACCCACUGAUGAUCCCUUUGAGCAUGUUGCUUCCAUACUUGUAAACAUAUCAAAGCAGGAAUCUGGAAGGAAGCUUUUACUUGAUCCCAAGCGGGGACUUUUGAAGCAGAUAAUUAGGCAGUGUGAUUCAACUAGUCAACUACGGAAGAAAGGGGUAUUUGGAACUCUCAGAAAUUGUUGCUUUGAAGCAGAAGGUCAACUACAAAAUUUACUCUUGAUAUCUGAGUUCCUUUGGCCAGCUUUACUUCUUCCAGUUGCUGGGAACAAGGUUUAUAAGGUGGAGGAUACGUCAAAAAUGCCACUUGAGCUUGGAACUGCACUCUCAAUUGAGCGCGAGCAAACUGGUGAUCCUGAAAUUCGAGUUCAAGCAUUGGAGGCUAUAUACAUGAUCACAUUGCAGGAGGCGGGCAGAAGAGCGUUCUGGUCUAUCAAUGGACCAAAAAUACUGCAAGUGGGUUAUGAAGAUGAGGAAGAUGCAAAAGUAAUGGAAGCAUUUGAGAGAGUUGGCUCCCUAUUGAUACAUAGUGGUGGAGACGAGGAAUCACACGAUUGAGGAGAAAUUUGCAGAUAAUAUAGAUAGCUAUAUGGUGGUUUAAGUUAUAGCUCUCAGAACAGGGCUUCUUCUAUUUCCUCAAUCUUCUGAUGUCUGAUGUGAUGCAUCAAA